CUCUCUGCUUGCUCCGGCUCCCGUGUGGCCCUCUCAGUGAGAUUUACAGACAAGACCCAGAGAGGUCCAGACCGACACGGGGCACAUUGAAUUCAAUUUGCUGGGAAACGGCUCUGGAAAGGCCUGAGCCUGAACUCUUCCUUGGGAGCAGCAAGAGGGAGUCCCAACCAUGGGUGAGGUGACAGCUGAGGAGGUAGAGCAGUUCCUGGACUCAAACAUUGGCUUUGCCAAACAAUACUAUAAUUACCACUACCGGGGGAAGGUCAUCUCAGACCUCCUCGGGGCCAAGGAGGCAGCGGUGGACUUCAGCAACUACCACACGGUGAAUAGCGUGGAGGAGAGUGAAAUCAUCUUUGACCUGCUGCGGGACUUUCAGGAGAACCUCCAGGCUGAGAAAAGCACAUUCAACGUCAUGAAGAAGCUCUGCUUCCUCCUGCAGGCUGACCGCAUGAGCCUGUUCAUGUACCGGACCCGCAAUGGCAUCGCAGAGCUCGCCACCAGGCUCUUCAAUGUCCACAAGGAUGCCGUCCUGGAGGACUGCUUGGUGGUGCCUGACUCCGAGAUCGUCUUCCCUCUGGACAUGGGUGUGGUGGGUCACGUCGCACACUCCAAAAAGAUCGCCAAUGUCCCCAACACAGAGGAGGAUGAGCAUUUCUGUGACUUUGUGGAUGAACUCACAGAGUAUCAGACCAAGAACAUCCUGGCUUGCCCCAUCAUGAAUGGGAAGGACGUGGUAGCCAUCAUCAUGGCUGUGAAUAAAAUAGACGGACCCCACUUCACCAAGAGAGACGAAGAGAUUCUUCUCAAGUACCUCAACUUCGUGAAUCUGAUCAUGAAGGUGUACCAUUUGAGUUACCUGCACAGCUGUGAGACUCGGCGUGGCCAGAUACUGCUGUGGUCUGGGAGCAAGGUCUUUGAAGAGCUCACGGAUAUAGAGAGACAGUUCCACAAAGCCCUGUACACAGUCCGGGCUUUCCUCAACUGUGACAGAUACUCCAUAGGCCUCUUAGACAUGACCAAACAGAAGGAAUUUUUUGAUGUGUGGCCAGUUCUGAUGGGUGAGGCUCCAGCCUACUCAGGUCCCAGGACUCCAGAUGGAAGGGAAAUUAACUUUUACAAGGUCAUUGACUACAUCCUGCACGGCAAAGAAGACAUCAAAGUAAUCCCGAACCCACCUGCUGACCACUGGGCUCUAGUGAGUGGUCUCCCCACCUACGUGGCCCAAAAUGGCCUGAUCUGCAAUAUAAUGAAUGCGCCGGCAGAGGACUUUUUUGCAUUCCAGAAGGAGCCCCUGGAUGAGUCUGGGUGGAUGAUUAAAAAUGUGCUCUCCAUGCCCAUCGUCAACAAGAAGGAAGAGAUCGUCGGCGUGGCCACGUUUUACAACCGCAAAGAUGGGAAGCCCUUUGACGACAUGGACGAGACCCUCAUGGAGUCUUUGACUCAGUUCCUGGGCUGGUCAGUCUUGAACCCUGACACCUACGAGUCCAUGAACAGACUUGAAAACAGGAAGGACAUCUUCCAGGACAUCGUCAAAUAUCAUGUGAAGUGUGACAACGAGGAAAUCCAGAAGAUCUUGAAAACCAGAGAGGUGUACGGGAAAGAGCCGUGGGAAUGCGAGGAGGAGGAACUGGCAGAGAUCCUGCAAGGAGAACUUCCAGAUGCCGAGAAAUAUGAAAUCAAUAAGUUUCACUUCAGCGACCUGCCGCUCACGGAGCUUGAGCUGGUGAAGUGCGGCAUACAGAUGUAUUACGAGCUCAGAGUGGUGGAGAAGUUCCACAUCCCGCAAGAGGCCCUGGUGCGCUUCAUGUACUCACUGAGCAAGGGCUACCGGAGAAUCACCUACCACAACUGGAGGCACGGCUUCAACGUGGGGCAGACCAUGUUCUCCUUGCUGGUGACAGGAAAGCUGAAGCGGUACUUCACGGAUCUGGAGGCCUUGGCCAUGGUCACUGCUGCCUUCUGUCAUGACAUUGACCACAGAGGCACAAACAAUCUCUACCAGAUGAAAUCCCAGAACCCACUGGCCAAGCUCCAUGGGUCCUCCAUCUUGGAAAGGCAUCAUUUGGAGUUUGGUAAAACACUUCUGAGAGACGAGAGCUUGAAUAUCUUCCAGAACCUGAAUCGCCGGCAGCAUGAGCACGCGAUCCACAUGAUGGACAUCGCCAUCAUCGCCACGGACCUGGCCUUGUAUUUCAAGAAAAGGACCAUGUUCCAGAAGAUUGUGGAUCAGUCAAAGACAUACGAGAGCCCCCAGGAGUGGACCCAGUACAUGAUGCUGGAGCAAACACGGAAGGAAAUCGUUAUGGCCAUGAUGAUGACCGCCUGUGACCUCUCAGCCAUCACCAAACCCUGGGAGGUGCAAAGCAAGGUAGCUCUGCUGGUGGCUGCUGAAUUCUGGGAGCAAGGUGACCUGGAGCGCACGGUGCUGCAACAGAAUCCCAUUCCCAUGAUGGACAGAAACAAGGCAGAUGAACUCCCUAAGCUUCAAGUUGGCUUCAUUGACUUUGUGUGCACCUUCGUCUAUAAGGAAUUCUCCCGUUUUCAUGAGGAAAUUACACCCAUGCUGGAUGGGAUAACCAACAACCGCAAGGAAUGGAAGGCACUGGCUGACGAGUACGAGGCCAAGAUGAAGGCACUGGAGGAGGAGAAGCAGAAGCAGGAGCCGGCCAAGCAAGCUGCUUCCGGGAACCAGGCAGGAGGAAACCCCAACCCAGGGGGCGCACCUACAUCCAAGUCCUGUUGCAUCCAGUAGCUGAGGGCACGGCUGGCAGGGGGCACAGCCCUCAAGAAGGAAGGGAUCGCCCAGGCCAGUGGAAAGCCAUACAUCUUCUCGGAAAGUUAAAGAAUCAGGAGUUGAGAACUGAUGGGAAAUACAGCAGGCAUCUGUAUCAUCAAGAGGUUUUAGACAUUGUUUUGUUGCAGUUUUGGUUUUUAUUUUUAUGUUUUGUUUUAGACAGGAACUUGCUGUGUAACCCUAGCGGUCCUGGAACUCGCUCUGUA